CUAGCCUGGGAACCUCCAUAUGCUGUGGGUGCAGCCCUAAAAAGCAAAAAAAAAAAAAUCUACCUGGCAGGGUUAUGUGGGGAGUAAGAUGACGUGGCAUGGGGUUAGCGGUCUCCGAGGCCCUGGAACAGGGUGUCUAUGUUUGCAGAGCACUUUCACCACAUUAUCUCACCCCUCACACAGCUCUGGCAGGUGGGGAGGGGGUCCCACAUGUUCCCAGCCAAAGUCACAAAGCCGGAGGGCGGAGAACUGGGAUGUGUAUUUGGAUCAAAUCCUGAGCUGGUGAAAUCACACCAUAUGCUCGAUGGAUCAAGGUGCUGUGGUGGGGGUGGGGGGAGUGUCACCCAGUCUCCAAACCAGCCCUCUCUUCCCCUGGGGCCCACCGGAGUUGCCCCAGGUGGGCACCAAAACUGCCUUGAGCUCACCACUGACAUCUACCCCAAGCAGCCUCUUAGCAUCUUAGCCCAUGUGAGCCACAGCUGAGCAGAUGGGGAGUCCUCUCCUUGCUACCUCUUGGAGCUUUAUUUCCUUACUCCAGGCCUGGGUGGGUAGAAUCACUGUCCACACUCAGCACAGUUUAGCCUGUUCCACAGAUUCAGGCUCACCUAUUCUUGGGGACACCUAUGAAGUGCUCUUUUGGGCCCAAAGUUGUACCAGCAUUCAAGGGGCAGCCUUCCCAAGGUCAAGAUUUUCUGUGUAAUGAGCAGGCCCUUUCCCAAUGCCACCCAGCCUUGAAAUAUCCUCUCUGGCUGCAACAGUAUUCUACUUCAUCUAUCUACCCAUCUUCUGGUCUAUUUCAGAUAGAAUUAGGCUUGGCUUUGAAUAAUAAAGACCCCACUUAACAAAAGCCAAAGGUCUGUUUCUCUCAUAAAAUCCUGAGGCAGAGAGUCCAAAGCCAGUAUGGAGGUUUUAUGCAGUCCUCAGAGACCUAUGCACUUUCCAGCUCACUGCUCCACUGUCUUGUCCUCAUAAUCCAAAAUUGCAGCCGAAAAUCCAGCCAUCACAGCUGCAUCCCAGGCAGUAAGAUUGAGGAAGGAUAAAGAAGAAGGAGGCAAAUGAUAUAUGCUAGUUUACUUUUUUUUUGGCCAUACCUGCAGCAUAUAGAAGUUCUCAGGCCAGGGAUAGAACCCACACAACAGCAGCGACCCGAGCUACCCCAGUGACAAUGUCAGAUCCUUAACCCCUGCUGUGCCACAAGAGAACUCCACUGGUAGUUUACUUUUGAAAAAGAUUCCCAGAAAAUGGCACAUCUAUUUGGUCACAUAGCCACGUCUAACCGCAAGGGAGCCUGGAAUAGUCUUAAUUCCAGGUAGCCAGUUCCCAGGUAGAAAUCAGGAACUUGUUUGCUGAGGAAAAAAAGAGAAUGGACAGUGGAAGUAACUAUCUCUGACACCCCAUCCAUUCAAUAAGCAUUUAUUGGAUACUCCUUGCACUUACCUACAAUACUUGUGUAUUUUUUAAAAGAAUUUAUUCUAGUUGAUUUACAAUGUUCUGCCAAUUUCUGCUGUACAGCAAGGUGACCCAGUUAUACAUAUACAUACAUUCUUCUUGUCAUAUUAUCUUCCAUCGUGGUCUAUCACAAGUGACUGGAUAUAGUUCCCUGUGCUGUACAGCAGGACCUCAUAGCUUAUCCAUUCUAAAUGCAGUCGUUUGCACCUACUAACCCCAAACUCCCCGUCCAUCCCACUCUUUAUGUACUUUUAAUAUGACUAAUACUUUUCCAUCUCAUGAGCAAUGAGCAGUGCCUGGCAUAUAGUGAGUGCUUAGUGGCCAUUAUUAUUACUGCAUCGAAGUGCUGAUGAAACACAAGCUUCUGUGAGAGCAGAGGGGCGUCUCUCCUGGGAGGGCAGGAGCCUUUCUUUUUAUUGAUCCCGAAGGCCUUGGAUGGUCAGCUGCAGCAUGUUACAACCAUGCAUUACCUCCCACCUCUAUCCCAUCCUACCUCGACCUUCUCUGGGGAACUGCUCACAGCUCAUCCUUACCAAGGUGCCAGUGACAACAGUUGAGCACAAGGCUCCCCAGGGUGAAAAAUGCAACUGUGUGUUAGAGAAUUUGGGCAUGAAAUUUGGGCAUCUUCCUGAAGCCCUAGAAUACUCGUGCUGUAGACAGUCUGGAAAUUACUUCUAAAAUGAGAAAAUAACCAUUAACAGUACCUAAAACACCUCUGUGUGAAAGAAUGGAGGUAGCAGGUGCUCAGUGCCCAUCCAUGGGGAUCCAGAGGAGGGAGGAGCCAGUCCCUGCCCUCUGGGGCCAUCCCUCAGGCCACCGGGCUGGAUGAGGAGAAGCUGAGGGCUCGGCUAGGUGGCCUCAGGUGGACUCAUGAAGGUGGAAGAGCCUCAGCGUGGGUGCCUCCUGCCUCCACCUUUCAGAAAGAGCAAGCUGCUGCUGGCUGACCACCACUCUAGGCCUGGAAAUCACGUGACCAGUCCUUCCUGAGCACCCCCGGAUGACAGGUCUGUGCCUGGCCCUGUGGGGUUCAGAGAGCAUGGGGUGGGGGGCCUGUGAGCCUCAGGUCCCUUUUCCCAGGGUUCUGAGAAAACUUCAUCCCUGACCUGGGGAACCAGGCAGAACCUCCUCCAGGAAGCCCUCUCUGACUUCCCUUGCUGGUGCCCCCACCUCAGUGGUCUCCCACAGUCCUCUGUUGGGCUUUUUCCAAUGCUACCCACUCAUCUGCCACACCCUUGGCUGAUCCCUCUGGAUCCCUGUGUCUUUGCACCUAAGAUGAGCUCAGCAGCUAUGCAUCAACUAAUGAAUGAGCGAUGAGUGAAUGAGUGAGUGAGUGAGUUCCCUGUCUGCAGGGUGUGGAUCCCCAGCGAGAGAAGGGGAGGCCUGCAAGGGUUAACCAGGAGCCCGCCUGUGGUCUGAGGUAAGCAGGGAGGGUAUUUGUUCAGGUAAAUAAGGAAGGAUUACUUAUAAUGGGAAAUCAGGCCCCAGCCAACUCUUCAUCUCGCACUGCCGCCUUCCUCCCAGCACAUUCCUGUACUCUGCCUGGUUCACACUGCGCCAGAGACCCAGCCCCCUGAGCCCACCUUGGCCUCCCUCGUAAGCCCCUCUGGCUGGGUCUUGCCGCCGUGCCAGCAGGUGGCCCUGGGCUGGGGGCAGGGGGGCUCCCUAUACGGGGCACGCAGCCCUGAGACCUCAGAGAGCUACCCCUAGAGGGUGGCCAGGCCCCCGGCGGCCCCCCCAAGUGCCACCUCUGCCCCCCGCCCUGCUGGCUCCUGGUACCACUGGCCCCCCAGAUGCCUGGCUGAGACCCAGCGGUGGCCCAAGUUGCCCACGCCUCUUCCUGGCCCCCAAGGUUGGCACUGCAGCAGACAACUCCUUGGGCACCAGGCAGCUAACAGACGCAGCCGCCAGCCCGCACAGCAGCAGCAUGGGCAGCGCCAGCCCAGGCCUGAGCAGUGGGCCCCCCAGCCGCCUCCUGCUGCCCCCUGACGCCGUGUUGCGGACUGGCCCGGAGAAGGGGGCGGCGGGGCCGGCGGGGCCGGAGAGACGGGACUGGAGCCCCAGCCCCCCUGCCACCCCCGAGCAGGGCCUGUCCGCCUUCUACCUCUCCUACUUCGACAUGCUGUACCCUGAGGACGGCGGCUGGGCGGCCAAGGGCCCUGGGGCCAGCACUCGGGAGGAGCCGCCUGACGAGCCCGAGCAGUGCCCAGUCAUCGACAGCCAGGCCCCAGGGGGCAGCCUGGACUUGGCACCCAGCGGGCUGACCCUGGAGGAGCACUCACUGGAGCAGGUGCAGUCCAUGGUGGUGGGUGAGGUGCUCAAGGACAUCGAGACGGCCUGCAAGCUGCUCAACAUCACGGCGGACCCUGUGGACUGGAGCCCCAGCAACGUGCAGAAGUGGCUCCUGUGGACGGAGCACCAGUACCGGCUGCCCCCCGUGGGCAAGGCCUUCCAGGAGCUGGGGGGCAAGGAGCUGUGUGCCAUGUCGGAGGAACAGUUCCGCCAGCGCUCGCCCCUGGGCGGAGAUGUGCUGCACGCCCACCUGGACAUCUGGAAAUCAGCGGCCUGGAUGAAAGAGAGGGCGUCCCCAGGAGCCAUUCACUACUGCGCCUCAACCAGCGAGGAGAGCUGGGCCGACAGCGAGGUGGAUUCAUCCUGCUCCGGGCAGCCCAUUCACCUGUGGCAGUUCCUGAAGGAGCUACUGCUGAAGCCCCACAGCUACGGCCGCUUCAUCAGGUGGCUCAACAAGGAGAAAGGCAUCUUCAAAAUUGAGGACUCGGCGCAGGUGGCCCGGCUGUGGGGCAUCCGCAAGAACCGUCCUGCCAUGAACUACGACAAGCUGAGCCGCUCCAUCCGCCAGUAUUAUAGGAAAGGCAUCAUCCGGAAGCCGGACAUCUCCCAGCGCCUGGUCUACCAGUUUGUGCAGCCCAUCUGAGGCUGCCGUCGGGCCCGGGCCCACACUCGCCCUUGCCAGGGCCCCCUCCUGCCUGCCCUGCCUUGGCCAGACCCUGAGCUGGGGGACAGGGCAAUUCACUGGCAUCUGGAGUUCAGAGUCAGAGUGGGAUGGUCCCCUGCACCCAGGGGGGCAAGUGAGCUUUCUGGGGCCUGAGGGACCCCAGGUGUGGGUGCUCCUGUGCAGUCCCCUGGAAGACAGAGGGGACCAGGGCUGUCCUCGGUGUUCAUGGUUCCCCAAGGAAGACCCUCCCUCCACCCCAGUCUCUGACCCAGAAUUUCCAGAGCAGAGCCAACAGAAUGGCGGUGACUUAGCCAAGUGCUCUUGGCCACCCAUUCUGCCCCGUGCCUGGCAUGGUGCUGGCGGACGUCUGCACCCCUGAGUUGGAAAGCCAGGGGCACUCUGGGAACGGAUAAUAAAGAUACUAGAGAACUGA